AUGGAGCAGGGACCGGAUGGGCAGCAGAUCAACGACUACGUCACCAGCACAUGGGUGGACUUCAAUGCCACAUUCCCUCGAGCCCUGUGGAAUCAACACGAGAAAACCGGUCCACGCUCCAACAACCAUCUUGAAGGUUUCCACAACGGCCUGAAGAAGAGAAUGCCGAGAGCCCAUCCCAACAUUUUCCAGUUUGUCAAAGAACUCAAGAAGAUCGGGACAACAGAUAGACGGCCAAGAAGGCAGACUGGACUGGGUGGUUCCAUGAGACCUCAUGCUCGUGUUGACAGAGACCGAGAUGCAAGGAUCGAUCGCGAGAGACUGAAGCAGCAGCUUGCUACUGGCAGAAGAUCAGUGAUCCAGUUUCUGGAUGCAGUUGGACAUUUCAUCAAGUUACAGAAGAAGUGUAGGGUGCUUACACAAGAACUGAUGAUGACAGGAGCGUUCCUGAUUCUGUUUUUUGCAACUCUUGCCGCUUCUGAAACAUGUGAAUCUCUCCAUGCAAAGGAAGUUGAUGCAUAUGAUGACAAGAGAAUUCCCCAGUCAGUAAUGUGGACUUUUAACAAUGUGACUAAGGCUGAAUGUAUGAAGGAGUGUCAAACGGAAAAGUAUUGCGUCAGUUUCCACUUCAGUCCAUCGGAACCAGUUUGUGUGGCACUACGGGAACGGUUUGAAGGAUCCAGCGUUCCCUCCGUCGAGGCCCUUGGCUAUCAACUCUUUCAAACCAAUAAAUCUUUGGCCAUAGUCGGGUCAGAAUGUGAGCUGGACGUGGACUGUGCCUCCCUCACUAACUCCCACUGUAACAAGGGGGUCUGCAGGUGUGACGCGGGCUACGGGUCGGACGGAGACACCUGCCGCGUCCUCACAGAAUGCUCCACCUUCAGUGAUAACUUUACCCUGUACAGGUCGUUUGCCAUCGUGGGCUACGACUUCCUCAGCCAAGGAGCAUCUACCUACGAAUCCUGCCCUGCGUACUGUAUCAGCGACAACAGGUGUAAGUCGGCUGACUUGGACUUUGUUGGUAAAAUCUGCUACCUGAAUACGUACACGUGGCUGGGAGCGCCUGCAUCGACGCUUGUUAAGGACAGCCCAAUAUUUGAUUUCUUCCAGCGAGAGUGCCUUUGGUAACUCACCUGAAGUUCAUUAACGAAAUACUCCAUAGCAGAGUUUUUUAAUGUGAUGAAAGAUGUAAUAUUAUCCCGAAAAUAAUGUAAUUUCAAAUACAGGAUCUCUUGAAAACGAUGUUUUGUGAAAUGAAAACGAUUGUUCAAAAAUGAAUUGUCCAAAAUAGCCUGAAACAAAAAUUCAAAACAAAUGGUCGGUGCUUUGUUCUUCACAUAAAUAUUAAAAAUAGAGCUAAUUAUAUUGUGUAAAUAUGAAAGACAAAUACAGUCAAAACCUACUGUAGAAAAAUAUUCGGGAUUAGAUACAUGGUUUGAUUUAUCGGGUGUUGGAUACAUCCGAAUCAACAUUUAUCUAUCCAAGUAAUGAAACAACAACUGCAAAGCGCAAACUUUCUGAAUCUUGCAUGCUAGGUAAAUGACUGUUGUAUAAUAAGUAAUUAAGGAGAAGAAACUGGCAUAUCUACGCCAAUGUGUAUAUAUGCAUUUAUUCAACUUACACAAAUUCUAACUUACCUGAGUAGGUUAUUAGAAACUUUUACUCUGGGAAAUUUACACCUAUACUUGACACAUCUUUGCUGCAAGUUUGUCGUGACAGUGAGGUUUGUUUGUCCGACCGUUAUCCAAAGCCAUCGAAAUUGGUUCUGGCUAGAAGUCUUUUGACGUUUAGUAAGAGACUGAAGUCUAACAGAUUUAGAUCAGGAAUAUAAGUAGUUCAAAGCAACACUCAUGGAUUGUAGCCACUGAAACGACUGCUUUGUGCACUGGGGCAUUGUCCUGACAGAAGAGCACAACCUUUUGCGGCUUCUCACGUCUAAUGUCUCAAAAUUGAAGCAUGACAGAACACGAAGGCAAUACUGAUUCCAGUUAAUGUGACAAUCUUUGCCAUCUCUGGUAGUGGAGAUGUCAAAUGCUUCCAAUGUGUUGAUUUUUCUGUCGUCAUCCAUUAUCACAAUACGUUGCAAUAACCUUUCUGGGUCAGCUUCAAACAGAACUGAAUUAUCUGCAUUGAUACAUAUUUGUUACACUACUAUACAUUAAUGUAUAAUCGUUACCACCCAACUACACUGAUACAUGAUCGUUACAUCCUACUGAUGUGAUAUUUAAAAGUGAUACAUACUAUUAACAAUUGGAAAUUGGAUAACAUUUUACCAACAUUUUAUCACCUUACUUGCUACAAAAGAAAUAUUACACAACAACGUACCAUUUUCCAGUAUCUUAAACUAGCCAAUGGUCAAAUUGAUAACACACAUCAGACAUGAUCCAUGACCAGUAUCUCUUAUUGUGCUGGUCAGAUAGAGUAAGACAAAAACACUUAGGAACUAGAGACCAUUAUCUGUAUGUACAGCUUUGUUUAUCAUCCAUCCUUAUUAAAUCAAAGGUACCGGAUACUCAAAAAGUACCAUACUAACUGGACAGCUAUCCUUCUUCAAACUAAACUUCACCCAUAAACACAGUUAUCGUUAAUGCCUUCCUCAAACUAAAUCAUUUUAUUUCGCCACUUUACUCAGAAAAUAACGUUAUCUGAAGUAGCUAAAACAGGUAUAAAUUAGGGACGACAGUCGGUCAAACAUCACUCUGUGGCUGUCACUGUUUAAAAUAAAUAUGAAACUAGCUGUUUUUUAACUGUUUUUUUACUCAAGGAAGAAACGUUGCUAGUUUGUACUAUGUUAAAUCCUAAUUAUAUUCUAUUACCCUUGGCAGGACCUGUAGGUGUGUGGUAAUUGGAACAUGUCCCACUUUGUAUAGUUUAGACACUCUCGUUGCUGUUGCUGUGAGUAGAGUAUGUCCAUUCUGUUUAACCCUCUUGCGUUGUGUACCUUUGAAUAUGUAUGGUAACAUACAUAUACGUUGUCCUGUGUGAAUCCCCACUCGGGUAAUGUGUUUGUUCGAGUGUGUAGGGCAUACUGUAAAACGUGACAUUAACACGAGCGUGAUACAUGCGGGUGGUCUUUGCUCGCAUUAUAAAACAUCGCAUUUAUAUCAACAAAAACACAUUUUGGAUAGCAGAAAUACCAACUUAGACAUACGCUGAAAACAAACAACUAUGUAUUCCACAUCUUUGUUUAUUGAGCAGCACUUGUAACAAGAACAUAAACAAUGUCAUUCAAACACUAAUUACAUUAGGUGAAUUGAUACUGCUGGAGUGAAGACAAGCGUUCUACUCACUCAUGUCAUCACU